AUGCCGGUUGAUGAGUAUCGAAAGAACGACGGUCACAUAGUGAAGGGUCUGCAGAAAGGCGCUGAAAGUUUUGGUAUUUCAACAGCCGCAGCUGCUGUGGAUAUCGCACAGCAAGUGGUUGGGCUCGUUCAGGGUGUUGCUGAAUUGGCCUUUGAUAUAGUGACACCAGACUAUCCGGCGUACGCAAACAGACGCCGUUUUGCAAAUGCAAUCAGUAGGAGACCACCGAAUGAUCUGCGAGAAGGAUUUCAUAUGGCUUAUGAGACUGUUAGAGAGGGAGUAACGGACACGGCGCAAGUGCUGCAAUUAGCAGCGCAAGAGGAUCGAGCUGAAGGGUAUUGGCCUUUGAGAGGCUUGUUGAGACAGGUAACGCCCUCCAUCUUGAGACCCUUCGUGGUGGCCAGCAAAGCCACCGGACACGUCCUCGGAGGUAUUAAGAGCCAGUUGAAACCCGAUAGUCAUAGGUGCGUUAUCAUUAUUAUUAUUGUUAUUGUUAUUAUUAUUAUUAUUGUUAUUAUUAUUGUUGUUAUUAUUAUUAUUAUUAUUAUUACUAUUACUAUUGUUGUUGUUGUUAUUAUUACUGUUAUUAUUUAA